AAAGCAGAGCCAUUUCAUUUCCACCAACACUUUACCUGUGUCAAGUUCCCAUCAACGCAUCACUUUAGUAUUUCUGUUAGAGACCCACCGAAAUGUUUCCUCUUUUAUUAUUCUCAUUCAUGUUCGUUACCUCUUCCUAUGGACACAUACUCAAAAUGGGAGACUGUCCAGAAGUUGAGGUCAUGAGAAACUUUGAUAUGGAUAAAUUCCUUGGUAAAUGGUUUGUCCUACAAAAAUUCCGAACCAUGAGCAAUUGUAUGGCAGAAGAUAUAACUAAAGAUGAACAUGGAGCUUAUCAUGUUGCUGAAUAUCUCGUCCCAUUAGGAAUUCAAAUACAUCAAAGGGGUAAAGUUGAAUUUUCCAAAAAUGAUCAAAAGUCUAUCAUGAGAAUCGACUAUCCAAUAACAAGCCCAUUAGGAAGCCAAAAUUAUUGGAUUAUCGAUACUGAUUAUACUUCUUAUGCUGCCGUUUGGUCAUGUCAAAAAAUCUUAUUUGGACAUCGACAAUCAGCACAAAUAAUGAGUCGAACUCCUGAUUUGCCCAAGGAGAAAAUUCGAGAGCUCCGAUCGAAAUUUGAAUCUUAUGGAAUUAACGAACACGAUUUCAGUUUUAUCGAUCAAAAAAAUUGCGAUUCCAAUGCAAACAAACGAACUGCUGCCAACGAAACUAAUUGCGCUUCUUGCAUUAACAGUUCUAAUUUCGGAAUGAAACUUGGUCCAGUUCGAAUUUUAACCAAAAGACGGUGAUGAUAUUGGUCGAAUUUCCCAUAAUUCUAUUAUUAAUUGAUCUCGAUUUGUUUUAAUCGCUUGAUCAUUUUGUACACUGACCGAAGAACUGAUUAAAACUAGCAAAAGUCUUCCAUUAAAAUUGACAGUUAAUACAAAUGUA